AGAUCUCUGCCUGGGUGUGCUGUGCAGCCUUGCACAAUUCCGGGGUUAUCACCCCAAAAUAAAUUUGAGGGUGUCACAAAUUGUAGCUCAGGGAGAGUAUAAAAAGCAGACCUUGCCUCCGACACACAGCAGCGCUCCCGUGUGUCUCCCGCGCAGCCGCCAGCCCCAGCACCGCCGGUACGUACACCCUGCCAGCCCCGGCACCACCGGUACGUACACCCUGCCAGCCCCGGCACCGCCGGUACGUACACCCUGCCAGCCCCGGCACCGCCGCAAGAUGAAAACUGACCUGGAGCUCGCCUUGGAGUGCAUCGUCAACGUCUACCACCAGUAUGCCGUGAAGUGCCCCCCCAUAGACGACUACCUGAACAAGACCGAGUUCUCGCAGCUGCUGAAGGAGAACGCCGAGCCCUUCCUCCACAGGAACAUGGCGCCCGGCCUGUCCGUGGAUAAGUACAUAAGCCAGCUCUUCUCCAGAGCGGACAAGAACCACGACGGUCGCCUGAGGUUCACCGAGUUCCUGACCACCCUGAGCGGCGUGGUCAUCGAUGCCCACGAGAGGUUCCAUGAGUGUCACAAGAGGAAUAAACAGCAAUCAGAGGCUGGUCAAGGCCAUGACCACGGCCAUGACCAUGGCCAUGACCACGGCCACGGCCAUGACCACAGCCAUGGCCAUGACCACGGCCACGGUCCCAACCAUGGCCAGGACCGUGGCUGCGGCCACAGCCCCCGCAAGUGAAGCGAUUGCCAGGGUGGUUGCGCCCUCGGGACUGUGCUCACCCAGCAGCAUCGUCUCUUCCACUUGUCCACAAGCACAGCCAAACUGGAACCAAAGCUUUGUCACCAGAUUCUGUCUGUGGCAUCGAAAUAAAAUCUCUUCAAGCACCAAACGCA